ACUCCGAACGCGGCGCACAUACAAAGUAAACGGGAGGACCGCUCCGCUCGUGCGGGAGAGCUGCUCGUUUCACGCGUGGAUACUAUUACACAACGGCUGUCUUCUCCAAACAAUGUCCGUGGCAUCUCUGGCGACGCGUCCUCAGAUUUGCGCCUCUAUUAGCUGCUUUGGCGGCACCCUCUCGUCCGUUUCCUCUCCCCUCCUCACAUUUGAGCGUCCCCUCAUUUAACAAGUCUUCUCGCCCGCCUGGACAACUUUUUUUCACGCGGCUGCAUCCCACACAGCCUCCUCCAUCGCUCACGGGUAGUUCCGCCCGCAGUUUCCCCCCUCCACAGCCGCUCUUUUCGCAGCAGCCUCCCUCUGGAUCGUGCGGAACCGACCUGGUCAGCUUCCACGCGGCACUGCUACAUGGAGCGCGCGGUGUCGCUCGGAAAAUGGUGCGCCGUCGGUCUGUAGGCGCCCCGCUGAACCUGUCGGGAUCGGAACCGUCGGCGCGCGCCUGCUUCUCCUUCGUACCGCGCACGUUCCGCCGGGGCCAGUGAGACAUGGGUCCGUUCGCGGCGGCGCACGCACCGCUCGAGGAGCCCCGACGCCUGCGCCGCUGGAGCGGCGCGGCGGGAGGCUGGCUGCGGAUCACGCUCGUCUCGUUCCUCGCCACUUUACCUGUGGAGCAGCUGCGCGCCUUCCCGUCGUCCCUCAGCGACUGCCAGACGCCCACCGGCUGGAACUGCUCCGGUUUUGAUGACCGGGACACGGACCUGUUCUUGUGCGACACCAACACAUGCAAGUUUGAUGGGGAGUGUCUAAGAAUCGGGAACAUGGUGACGUGCAUUUGUGAUUUCAAGUGCAACAAUGACUAUGCCCCAGUGUGCGGCUCCAACAAUCAAAACUAUCAGAACGAGUGUUUCCUGCGCAGAGAUGCCUGCAAGCAACAGUCAGAAGUCCUUAUCAUGUCAGAAGGUGCCUGUCCUGCUGAUGCUGGCUCAGGAUCAGGAGACGAUGGAGGAGAGGGUUCGGCCGAGACGGGACAGAAGGAGACGUCCACCUGUGACAUUUGUCAGUUUGGGGCCGAGUGCGACGUUGACGCGGAAGACGUCUGGUGUGUUUGCAACAUUGACUGUACCCACAUCAGCUUCAACCCAGUGUGUGCCUCAGACGGUCAUUCCUACGACAACCCCUGCCAGGUGAAGGAGGCGUCCUGUCAGAAACAGGAGCGCAUCGAGGUCAAGUACCUGGGCCGCUGCCAAGGUGAAAUUGUUCCUGGGAACAAAGGAGGGGAUGGACACUUCACAGAGAUAAAAGAGGAUCCUAAGAACGGUCAGGCCCGUGGUCUGUACAUCCCCUGUCCCGACGACUACAAAAACUACUGCAUCCAUGGAGACUGCCAGUUCCCCAGCAUCCUGGCCCAGCCCUCCUGCAGCUGCCACUCGGGUUUCAGGGGCCCCCAGUGUGAGAUCAAGGAGUUCAACGUUCUCUAUGUGGUGCCGGGCUCUGGCAAACUGCACUAUGUCCUCAUCGCCUCUAUCAUUGGAGCACUCCAGGUGGUCAUUAUCUGCGUGGUGGUGCUCUGCAUUACCAGGAAGUGCCCUCGGACCAACAGGAUCAACCGGCAGAAGCAGAACAAUGUCCACUUCAGUACAGAGAACACCAUGCGCGCCUCCACUCGACUUAUCUGAGCCCAGACGCACCAGGCAGAGUCCCCUCCACCCGACUGACGGAGAGACCUGUGGUGUUACAGUAUGUGUUCCCCCUCGUAGGCCAACCAUGAAACUUAGGAUCUGCUUCCUUCACUCCUCGCCCUCUUUCCCAGUACGAACUUUCCGAGCGCCCGUGGAGGACAGUGGCAGGGCAACGACGGUGUUGGACCGCCGGUCAUAGUGGGACUCAGUGGUGGGUUAACCACAGCCCACCCGCCCGUUGCAGACAUGUUUCCUCGCACCUCGUGACGUCCGGCCUGGGCUUUUCUCAGAAACUGAACCAUGAGCGGUUGGGUUGGGCGGGGGGGUUGUUGAGGAUUCAGAGUGUGUGAGUGUGUGUGAGCGGGUGCGUGCGUGUGCUACAUGUGUGAGCUUUGGUAGCGGCAGGUUAGCCGGUGUCUCUUGUUUGUAGAAGAGGAGUUAAAGCAAACUGGGGUAGUGCAAAGCAGGGUAACAGGCUUUAAAUGAGGUGUUUGUUGUUCUGUUUGGGAGGGGGGUGGGGGGUCCGGGGCUACACGUGAUGCCUUGCACCUUGUGUUAUAGGAGACCUUUGACAGAGGGCACAAUGUUACUGUAGAGCUCUCUGUUCAGUUGUGACGAUGACGUCAGCUACUGUAUCUUGGGUUCUAUUUCCAAUAGUUAUUACUACGUUGUCUUGAUGGGGUCAUUUUUCUGUAAAUGUAAAUAAAUAAUUUAUAUCACAAAAUGUAA